AUGUUUCAUGCUAUUUUUCUUGUCCUUUCCAGACUUUAUGAUUUGAUAGUUGAGUGCAGGCGGGUAUUAAAGUGGACAUAUGCAUAUGGAUUCUAUUUAGCGGAGCAUGAGCAUGCGAAAAAGCAGUUCUUUGAGUACUUGCAAGGUGAGGCUGAAUCAGGUUUAGAGAGACUUCAUCAAUGUGCCGAAAAGGAACUCCAAGUAUUCCUCAAUGGUGAUGGCCCAUCUAAAGAUUUCAAUGAUUUUCGCACAAAGCUAGCUGGAUUGACCAGUGUGACUAGAAACUACUUUGAGAAUUUGGUUAGGGAAUUAGAGAAUGGUUUAUGCGAUGUGGAUAGCAAUGGAGCUGCUUCCAGUAAAGCAACGGGUUCAAAAAAUGCUGCAGGGAGCAGCAAGGGAAGAGGCGGAAGAGGAAAGGGGACGGUUCGAGCUAGCAUGUCCAGCAGAAUUACUGAUGAUAAUCAUUGGUCUUGUGAGCAAUGUACCUAUGCGAAUGUCAGAUCUGCCACUGCAUGCCAUAUGUGUAUCCGCGUCUUCACUCGUGAAGGAAAUGAUCUGGUAGCCACUCAGAAGAUCUCUCUUGCAGAAGCAUUAUCCGGCUGCACAGUGAAUCUCACGACACUUGAUGGUAGAAACUUGACUAUAAUCGUCAACAAUGUCGUUCAUCCUGAGUAUGAGGAAGUUGUUCCAAGAGAAGGAAUGCCACUGCCAAAGGAUCCAACAAAGAAGGGAAACUUGAGGAUAAAGUUCAACAUCAAAUUCCCACCUCGGCUCAAUGCAGAUCAGAAAUCGGGAUUGAAGAAAGUCUUGGCUGCAUAA